GAGCUUGCCAACAUCAUGGACGAGAUGGACGACGAAGUCGCAGACCCAGCCUUGCAAAAGAUCAUGUCGCCUCGUCUCGACAUGUCACAGCUGCCCAUGCGCACCUCGAGUCUAGAUCCCUCGCCCUCGCCAAGCACAAUGACCUCUCCAAAAUUGCAGCGUACUCAAUCUCGCGACAGCUACAUUUUCAGCCCUGACGCUGCUCGUCCUGGCUCCAUCUCUGGCGUCAGCAUCCAACAGCCCGAUAGAACAGAUUCUCCACGUCCUGCCUCGUCCAUCUUCCAACCACCACCGCCCUCUCCCGAUGCCGAGCCCGCUCUUCCUUUCGACUUUCACCGCUUCCUAGAACAACUCCGCCAUCGCACAGCCGAUCCUGUCGCCCGCUUCCUUAGAUCCUUCCUUAACGAGUUCGGCAAGAAGCAGUGGGCCGUACACGAGCAGGUCAAGAUCAUCUCCGACUUUCUCGAAUUCAUUGCAAAGAAGAUGGCACAAUGCGAGGUGUGGAGGACUGUGAGCGAUGCUGAAUUCGACAAUGCUAGGGAGGGCAUGGAGAAGCUGGUCAUGAACAGACUCUACUCGCAGACCUUUUCGCCUGCCAUUCCCGCCCAGGAGGUCAGUUCUCCCACGAAGAGACGCUUCCGCCAUCAAACACAUUCACCACACGGUCCAGGGAGAAGAGGCCAACAUCAAGAAGAUGUAGAGAGAGACGCGGUCAUCGCACAAAAGAUAAGAAUCUACGGCUGGAUCCGAGAGGAACAUCUUGACAUUGCCCCCAUCACCGACAAAGGCCGUCGCUUCCUUGUCCUUGCCCAGCAAGAGUUGCUCAAGAUCGGUUCAUAUCGUGCCCCACGCGAUAAGGUCAUCUGCAUUCUCAACACUUGUAAAGUCAUCUUUGGCUACCUCAAGAACAACAAGAGCGAUCAGUCCGCCGAUGCGUUCGUGCCGCUUCUCAUCUAUACCGUCCUCCGCGCCAAUCCCGACCAUCUCGUCAGCAAUGUGCAAUACAUUUUACGCUUCAGAAACCAGGACAAGCUCGGAGGUGAGGCUGGAUACUACAUAUCCUCCUUGAUGGGUGUCGUGACAUUUAUUGAGAACCUCGACCGUACCAAUCUGACUAUCACCGAUGAGGAGUUCGAGAAGAACGUCGAGGCCGCUGUGAGUCAAAUCGCUGAAGGUCACAAAGCAGACGAGUACGAAGCCUCGACGCACGACAAGGCCGCUGCCAGCUCGUCGCAUUCCACGCAUCCUCAACUGAAUGAGAAGAGCAGUCUGAGCAGGCCGGAAGUAACCACGAGAAAUAGCACUGAAGGCGAGCGAACGCCAUUACAUAGAGGAGGCAGCGUGCGCUCGAAAGACUCUUCUGGUGAGCCUGAAGAUGAGAAUGCGGCAGUCACAGGCCUCCUUCGCACGAUUCAGAAGCCGCUGUCCACCAUAGGCCGCAUGUUCAGCGACGAGAGCCAACCUUCGUCUUCAUCUCCCCGACAACUCGCCACGCCUCAACCUAUAUCUACGCCUAGAUUGUCCUCUGGCUUGCCAGCACUACCGCAACACCGCAAGAGUGCCGAAGAUACUCGUAAACUACGGAGUCCCGAGCGAAGAGAAAUGGAUCGAGCAAGGAGCUUCGAGUCUAGUCGCGGUCGUAGCUCCCAGGACUCUGCUGCGAGACAGGCAAGCACUGAUCUGGCAGAGGCCCAGAGAAUACAAGCGCAGGAACAUCAGGUCGUUGUUGAAACAUUACAAGGCAUGUUCCCAGACUUGGACCGUGAGGUUAUUAGCGAUGUCGUGAGGAUGAAGGAAGGGCGGGUAGGGUCUGCUGUGGAUGCGUGUCUUGCUUUGAAU